AACAUCGCCGGCAGUCGCGCGCGCGUCGUCGCAACGAUAGGUCACAACGUUACCACAUAACGUAGUCUAGUACAUAUUACUAAGUAUAGAUAUUCUCGCGUUUCGUUAUAAUAGCCAUGGUUACAGCCGGCUUCAAAAUAUUAGUCAAUUUACUAAUCGCUGUAAACAUCCGACACAUACAAGCAUGUCCCCUAGAAGACGUAGAACUGAAAGCAGCGUACAAAUCAGGAGAGAUCCACGACCAGGACCCUCCGAUUACACUAGAAAAGAUCAAGACUAAGCUGAAAGAGAGUGAGAUCUUCGACUGGGAGGACCCGGGUCUUACUGAGAGGGAGAAGAAAGAGAUGAGCAAGCUGUUUGAUACUGUUGAGAUUAUGACGACAUCGAGGACCCGUCAGCCGUCCAGCGUACAAAACAUGUUCUCAUCACUACGUUUAGUAGAAAGAGUGGUUAAAAAGCAACUGAAAGAGGGGCAGAUCUCUGAAGCUUUAGCUGCUAAAUUCAAUUGGGAUAAACUCGCAAUCACAUCCCUACCAUAAGCAAUAGAUCGAAUCGUCAAAGGCGCGAGAAACCAUCGUACUUAUUGGACAAAACGACCAACAUGAGAAUUUUUAAUAUUCACUAAUUUUUUUUUGUGUAGUUGUAGGAUUAAAGUAAGGCUGGGUCGCAUCAAUUAGAAGUUGUAGAUUCAUCGAUAUAAUUGUCGAUAAGUUUUUAUCGAACUGUUAUACAGGACUAUUUUUUAUUAAAUAAGAAAACGGUAUGAGACCUUUUGUAUGUUAAUUUAUUUCAACUUUUGUAAGACAUAGGUGAUUUAUAUUCAUAAUUAAACGAGUAUGUCACAUGACUGGUUGAUAAGAUUAAGAUUGAUGCGAAUCAGUAAAUUAUUUUUUAUUUAUUUUUGACUGAUGUACGAUAUACUUUUUUUACUAACAAAUAAAGUG